AUGUCAUCCUCUGUUCACUUCAAGUUCAAGUCUCAAAAAGAGCCUUCAAGGGUAACUUUCGACGGGACCGGUAUUUCUGUUUUUGAAUUGAAACGUGAAAUUAUCAAUCAGAGUAGAUUGGGCGAUGGGUCGGAUUUUGAAUUGUCUAUUUACAAUGAGGAUACAGGCGAAGAGUAUGAUGAUGAUACCACAAUCAUUCCCCGUUCCACUUCUGUUAUCGCUCGGAGGUUGCCUGCCUCUCGGCCUGGCAAAGGCGGCGCUGCUCGUUAUGUAUCUGGCAAAAUGCCCGUUAGCGCUCGCAGCGCGCCUCGUAAUGAUGCUUCAAUGUCGACCCGAGCUAUAUCACAUACUAGCAACACAGUGAGCAACAGCGUUUUAGAGCUCAAUAACGCACAGACAGAGGAGGAGAAGAUUAAUGCUCUCUUCAACCUGCAAGCUAGCCAAUGGAAAGAGCAACAACAGGAGAUGGCAAAUGCUACACCUGUACCCUUCGGUCGUGGGAGAGGAAAGGCGGUCAAUGUUCCUGAUCACCCGCCUCCUCCUGGAUAUCUUUGCUACCGCUGUCGGGAAAAAGGCCAUUGGAUCCAGGCGUGUCCGACUAACAAUGAUCCAAAAUUCGAUGGCAAAUACCGAGUGAAGCGAUCUACUGGUAUACCACGCUCACUCCAAACGAAGGUUGAGAAGCCGGAAUCAUUGGCACUCGAUGGGUCGAAUGAGGAUCUUCGAAAUACAGGUGUCAUGGUUAACGCUGAUGGUGAUUUCGUCAUUGCGAAGCCAGACAAAGCAGCUUGGGAGUUGUACCAGGAGAAAGCCAAAGCUUCUUCAGCAGCGGCGGCAGAAGCGGCAGCAGCGGAGUACAGCAAAGAAUUGCAGUCCUGGGGUUUGGAGUGCCCUAUUGAUAAACGUAUGUUCCUAGAGCCCACUAAGACACCAUGCUGCCACCGAACCUACUGCAAUGAUUGUAUUACCAAUGCAUUGAUUGAGAGUGAUUUUGUUUGCCCUGGCUGCGCCACAGAAGGUGUUUUGCUUGACAAUCUUUCGGUGGAUGAAGAGGCUGUUUCGAGAAUCAAAGCCUUUGAGGAUGAAAAAGCGGACUCGAGAAAAGAUACGCAGAAGAAUCUCACAGUGCAUGAUAGCUCAUCCAACAGUAAAGUGUCUGAUUCAGAGAGAACAGUCGCUGGGGAGAAGGAGUUAUCAUCAUUGCCGUCAGUCAACGGCGCUCUGGACUCGGCCACGAAGAAAAGACCAGCGGACGAAAAUCUCCCGAGCAUCGACCAUGAAGGGUCGAAUUUGAGCCCGUCGAACAAGAAGCAAAAAGCUGAUCCGAUUGCUCAGGCGACCACCGUGUCGACGAACCUACGAACUCAGGAUUCCUCGAAUGAGGUCUCAUCUAUCACAAACGACCAGCCAAUGCCUUUUGGGUUUGGCUUUAUGAAUCCGCAAAGCAUGCCUACAAUGCCAUUCACUGAGGCUGGGUUCAUGGGCGGAGGAAUGGGGUUUAUGAAUCCUUUGGGGCUUCCUACAAAUGGUUUCCCGAAUAAUUUGAAUCAAGCAUGGAAUCCAAUGAAUAAUAUGGGAUUCGAUUCCCUUCAGGAUGGCAUUUAUGGUAGUCGACAGAGUGGUGCAAUGAAUGGCUACGGUCAAGCAAACAUGUACUCCAACAUGGAAAAUGCCUCGAUGCAAAUGAUGGGCAUGAGCCAGAUGGCGGCGCCGAUUUCCCCCAAUGCGGGUUUUCAGCAGGGACCAGGCGUUGGCCACUUCUCGAAUCAACAACGCACUUCGUUUAGCUCGCCAUUCGCGAGGGAAGAAGACUCCCCGUAUUUCCGACAACCUGUCAAUCCUCAGCGACACCAAGGAAGACACCGAAGAAUAAGACCAAGCGAUUAUCCGGCUUCCACUACUGCACCACGACGGGGACCGGAACACAGUGGUAUCCCUGAGGUCACCUCAGGGUCGAAAACCCCUUCUUCAAGUCCUCCCCGCUUGCUACCCGUCCCUUCGCCCGUAGGGAGCAGCUGGCCGGGCAGUCAAUUGCCUGAAUACAAAGGGGAGGCAACGUAUACCAUCCCGGAAGAGUGUGAGAGGCUCUUCUGCGACAAAUUGCGCGCGAUUUUCAUUGGUGAGAUGAAGUUCGCGCAGCAAGAGUCGCCUGGGAUGGAUGCGUACCAAAGCCGGCCGAACUGGGCCGGGCGUGGAAAAAGGCCAAUUCGAAACUGGGUCGAAGUUUGGGACUACGUUGGCGAUGCAAUUUAUCGAGGUUUUUUGACUGAUAUGAAUGAUGAGCGGACAUUAUUCUUGUUCUUCAGAGACAGUGUGCUUGGCCACAAUUUCAAAGCUGGGUUGAUCGCCCUGUUCGAGCUAGCCAGUAUGCCUAUGUUUGAGUGUUCUCAGAUUGUUGCGUGCAUUCCCCGUUCGCAGGAGGUAGCAGAUUCCGAGAUUGUGAGAAACCUGGGAUGGUGUGGUUUUAAUCUGACAACAUUGAAACCUUGGAUUUCUGAGCAGUGUGUGGAGCACUGCCUGAGCACGAAAUGGCUUUUCCUAUGUGCGGAGGUCUGA